AUGUUGGCAAAUGAGCUCAAGAAGACGCCGCGCCGCUCAAAUCGGCUGAUUGUCAUGCGUGACUUGGAUCAGCGCUUGUUAUAG